ACUUAGCAGAAGAACAACGUGAAUGGAAAUAUGGGUCGCUGAAGAACGCUGCUUAUCUUACUCGUGGUAUUCAGAACUGAAUCGAGCGAAGUAAAGAUUUUUAGGCGCGGGAGCCACGGGAUCUGGCACCUUCCUUUCGGAGAAAUUGAACGAUGAAAAUUUCGCCCGGACCUCGACACUCGACACCUCCAUAAUGCCGAUGGAGGAUUAAUAUCUAGACGACAACGAACUGAAUAAUAACUAUUAAUAACUGAAAAUGUUUUUUCUCUACUGUUAUUUAUAUCGUGUAGCGUAAGUUGGAACACGUAUAAUACGAACAUACGAUAUAUACGUACAAUACAGAGAAAUGUGUUAACACAUGCGACGAUAAGGCAAACGAUAGAUGUAGCAAAGUACUUAACGUUAACAGUCGCAGAUCAACGUCGACGAAAGACACAAGCUUUCGAAACCUUUGGUUUCUUGGUUACGUUGUAAAUUUUAGCUCAAACACAAGCACUGAUAUAUAUGGUAUUCGAGUGAAACAUUACUAUAAGAGCUAUCUUUUAGUUGAAAUUGGAAACUUUUUAAUGAACUUUGGUAUCAAAAGAAAACGGCACGAACAUGAAACACCAGAAGGCAUUGUUCUGCGUGCUACUGGCUCUGUUCAUACACGCGAACGAUGCCUCCAGAAUUUUGGGCAUCUUCCCGUACAAUGGCAAGAGCCAUUUCAAGAUGUUCGAUGUUCUGUGCAAGGAAUUAGCAAAAAGAGGACAUCAAGUCGACGUAAUUAGCCAUUUUCCAUUGAAAACUCCAUUGGCUAAUUACACGGACGUCGUUGAUUUAAAUGGAACCCUAAAAACCGUGGUGAACGGUAUAACUACGGAAUAUGGAAAAUAUAUACAGCGAUCACUUACUUAUUUCGUAGCUACAACAUUUGGUAAUGAUCUGUGUGAUCUAAUGAAACAGGAAAAAAUGCAGAAAUUCAUCAAAAAUCCACCCAAUGAUCCACCUUAUGAUCUGAUUAUCGUAGAGUAUUUUGGCUCGCCGUGCUACAUAGGAUUCGGCCAACUUCUGAAAGCGCCAGUGGCCAUCGUCAUAUCGUCCAUGCAAAUGUCAUUCAUCGACGAUAUUAUGGGAAAUCCUACGAGCUACGCCUUCCUCUCCGGUUUCUACAACGAUAAUGCCGUGGUGGACACGUUCUUCGAUCGCCUGUGGAAUUUCUUGAUCAACUAUAAGAAUGCAUUGAUAUUUCAACACUACACAGCCGAACAAACCGACAUGAUGAAGAAAUACCUGGGUUUACCUGAUGUACCCGACGUCAGAGAAUUGGAGAAAAUUGUGUCGUUGGCUAUAGUGAACUCGCACUAUAGCUAUUACGGGAUCAGACCAGUCACACCGGCGGUCAUCGAAGUUGGUGGAUUACACGUCGAAGCGGACAAGUCGAAAUUAAGCCCGAAACUCGAGAAAUGGCUAGACAUGGCAAGCCCCGGUGUGGUAUAUUUCUCAUUGGGCUCGCUAAUGAACAUCGAAACGUUGCCAACGGAGACGAUAUUGCAAAUUUACGCGUCGUUGGCGAAAAUUUCACCGGUAAAGGUUUUGUUGAAGAGCGCCAACGCAACGAAGUUACCACCUGGUUUACCCAAUAACGUGCUGACGUUGCCAUGGAUUCCUCAGGUUGCGGUGUUGAAGCAUCCAAAUACGCGAGUAUUCGUAACUCACGGCGGCCUUAUGGGAACCCAAGAAGCUACGUAUUAUGGAGUUCCUAUGAUAGGAAUGCCGGUGUUCGGUGACCAAAUUAAAAACAUCAACAUUUUGGUUGACAAGAAUGUGGCGGUUCUCGUAGACAUCGAUGACAUUACCGAGCAUUCCAUGGACGUUGCGUUGAACGCAGUUUUGCACGAUCCCCGAUACAGAGAAUCUGCAAAGACAAUGUCGAAGAUGUUCAGAGAUCGUCCGAUGCGCCCGUUAGACACAGCUGUAUAUUGGAUCGAAUAUGUGCUGAGAAAUGGGCCAGAUAGCCUAAGAUCAGCUGCUGUGAAAUUACCUUGGUGGAAGUUGCAUCUACUCGAUGUUUUCGUCUUCUUAUUUGCGUGUUUCACAUUCGCAAUUUAUUUAUUAAUAGUUUUAUUAAAUAUUGUGUUAACAAGCUUCCAUAAAAAGUCCGCUCGAACAGAGAAGAAGUUGAACUGAGAAACGGGACGAAGAAUAUCGGCAAAAGCCUUAACAGGGUAGAAGAUUACGCGUUUUUUGCGAGAUGUACUUUCAAAGAAAUGUGUCGUUAGAUCAUUUUCUUAACAAAUUCCCUUUGAGAGAUGCAACGAGCUUUUUUUGCCUUUUCGAUGUAAUCGGCUAUUAUUUUUUAUUUAGCAGAGGAAACGAUAAAACUGAGAAGCACUAAAAAUGAAAUAGCGAAACGACGAAGAGCUUCUCGUGAAAAGAACGCGCGCUCCACUAGUCGAUACGAAAUCUUCGCGAAAAGACCGCGAAUUCACGUAAAUCGUACUCUGGUGUUACAUCUAAUUGCAACGGAAUAUUCUGGAUUUAAAUCGAGAUCAAAUAAUUUAUAUUUUAUUUAUAAACGUCCACUAGAAAUAUACCUAGAAGUAUACUUGAACAUCGUUGAUAUAAAUUCCUAGACAAUUUUAUUCAACUUGGUUCUGUUACACUGUGCCAAUAUCUCGCGUGGUAUCUAUUAGAUUGUCCGAAAAGUUCCUUUCGUUUUAUAAGGAAGUUGUAUUGUAGAUGAACAACGUUUUUUGUUUUAUGUUAUUUUAUUGAAUUAUGUUUGAUCCAUUUUAUUCUAUUACUACAAAAUGGAAAGAAGAAGAACUGAGACAUGUAAUAAAAUAAACGAUAGAAAAUAACGGGAGGACCAAAGGACACGGAGAAAAUACUAGACGAGACUGGAGAAGGACCAACAGAACUAAAAACAAUAAUGGAGAAGAGAAGGGCAAUACAAGACGGGGAGGAACGACAAUAAGGAAGCACAGCAAGGAGACAAAAGCCCAAAAGUUUCCAUAGUAUUAGAGAUAGAACAAUUGAGGGAGGUAGAUAUAUAAGAAGCGAAAUAGGUAAACGAGAUAUAAAACCGAAAGGCACGGACUAAGCAAUAAUAAAUAAAUAAAUAAAUAAUACUACAAAAUGGAUCAUACAUAACUUCAUAAAAUAAUAUAAAAUAAAAAACGUUGCGCAUCUAUUAUGUCACUUAUGAAACGAAUGGAACUUCUCGAACCUAAUAUAUAAAUACCUUUGAUGCAAAUUUCAUCGCGAGUUGACGAUAAAUGUAAAUCGAUACACUGUAAAAUCAAGAAUACAACAUUUCUGACAAGUAAAGAAACAUCGGAAAGGUAUCUACGACGAUAAAGAACGCGUUACGCGUGCAAUUGAGAACAGCAACGAAGAGCCGAGCUAGAGGAACGUAACGAUGAAGCCACUUAUAACUCGAUUAAACGAGCCGUUGGAAGUUUGAUCAAGUAUAAUUAAACAUGGACAGGGCCACGUAUAAUCGUAUUAAAAUUACGUAAACAUUUGACAAGUUCUCAAGCAGUUUACCGAGUUCCCAUGCCAGACACUAAAUCUUAUUCAUCCGGUAUCAUUGUACGCUUUAGCCUGCGUAAAAUGGAACUGCAACUUCCGACAUUUUCCUAACCGACCAGCUAAAACUGCCGGUGGCACGGGGUAGUUCCUUUGAAAGUUACACGACAUUAAGAAAAUUACUUUCAUCCGCAAACAAUUUCACUCCUGUAAAUAGUCGAAAAAGAAACAAAAAUACCAUGAAAUUUCGGUAGUUCUGUGGAGUCACGAUAUUUUUCAUCAUUCGGCUCAACGAACCAUUAAUAACGACCGUCCACGGAGCACGCGAUGUGGAAAAUUAACACAGCAAACUUGCCGAUAAAUAAUUCGGACGCAACGUUCCUUUGAGAAAUAUAUUCGAGACAGAAAGCAGGGAAAUGUCUAUUCAAAUGGCCAGUGUUUCUGUAAUUAACGAAUUUGUUUGCGAGAGACAACAGAGUUUUAUAGCAAGAUUAAUGGGAAUACUUAUGAUGGAUUGCAUCUUCGUUAUGAAUAAUGGAACUGAGAUAAUGGAAUUUUCUUUUUUUUUUUUUUUAAAUGUCCGAUGAUCACGGAGUUUGAGAAUUUGGAGGUUCAGAGGAUACGAGAGUCAAAAAUUUGCAGAUUUUAGUAUUGGAGAAUUUGCACAGGCAGACGUUCGCGAAUUUGAGAAAUUAGAUGGUCAGAAAUUUGAAAAUUUUGAUAUUGGAAAAUUUGACAGAUCGAACGAAAAUUGAAGAGCUUGGAGUAUUUAAAAACCUUGCUUUCGCUAUGACUAUGUUUAUCAAUGAUAAAUAUAGAAACAGAGUAAACAUAACGAAAUGAAAUGCCAGAUAAGUUUUCUAAAUAUACUCCUAUUAUCCAAAUUUUCAUCGUUUCUAUACGAUUUAUCCUCUAUAGAAUUUUCCUCCUUGUACUUUCUUCGUUUCCAUCAGCAAAGUAUGAAAUUGUAAGCAUGCCAGGCAAACUAUGUAAUUAUAGAUAAACAUUAACAGAAACGUAAGAACGAACUCUA